AUGCGGGGCCUCCUCGGGUCCUUCUGCCGGGGCUUGCCCACCCUGAGCAGCCGUACAGCCCGACGCACAGCGGGGGUGGUCGCUACCCGGUGCGGCUUGUGCGGAACUCAGUCUAGCAGCAAGCCACAGCCAAACUUUGGGCUGUUGUUUGACAUCGAUGGCGUGCUGGUGCGAGGACGGAUGCUAAUCCCCGCCGCCAAGAGGGCCUUCGAGAAGCUGGUGGACUCCCAGGGACAGUUUGUGGUGCCGGUGGUUUUUGUCACCAACGCGGGAAACUGCCUCCGACAGACGAAGGCCGACCAGCUCUCCCACAUCCUGGGAGUACCUAUCACUCAAGAUCAAGUCAUCAUGUCCCACAGUCCACUGAGGAUGUUCAAGAAGUACCAUGAGAAGUGUGUGCUGGUGUCGGGACAAGGACCAGUCCUGGAAAUAGCUAAAAAUUUGGGCUUUAACAAUGUUCUGAGUAUCGAUAUGCUGAGGGAAUCGUACCCAUUGCUGGACAUGGUGGAUCACAACAGGAGACCCAAACUGCCGUCCAGUGCUGUGCUCACCCAUCCCAAGGUUGAAGCUGUGAUUCUGUUCGGGGAGCCGGUCCGAUGGGAGACCAACCUGCAGCUGGUCAUCGACAUUCUGCUGACUAACGGUAACCUCAGCGGUGUCCACCAAACCCAAAACGGGCCUCACCUCCCCCUGCUCACCUGCAACAUGGACCUCAUGUGGAUGGCUGAGGCCAAUUCUCCACGGUUUGGCCACGGGACGUUUCUCGUGUGUCUAGAGAACAUCUACAAGAAGAUUACGGGUAAAGAGCUGAAGUACGAGGCUCUCAUGGGAAAACCCAGCGAGCUGACCUACCACUUUGCAGAGUACCUCAUCAGGAGCCAGGCCAUGGAGCGGCAAUGGAAACAUCCCAUCACGUCCCUUUAUGCUAUAGGGGAUAAUCUUAUGACUGACAUCUAUGGGGCCAAUUUGUACAACCGCUACCUGGAGGAGAGAUUGAGGAAGAACCCCAAAGCCGUCGCCAAGAUGGCAGCUGCCACGGGAUCCACCACUGCGGUGCCCCACGAUGAGGACAUUGACAACCUGUGGGAGAGCGAGCUGGCUCUGCCCUCUGCCACCUCCUGCAAGUCCGUCCUGGUCUGCACGGGGGUCUACAACCCCAACGCGGAGGUGCCCUCGGAUGCAAACAGCUGCAUCAAAGAGACGGUGUUCCAUGGGCACCGGGACUUCAGGUUCGACCCCCUGCUGGUGGAACCGGGUCACAUCGUGCAGGACGUGGCGGAAGCCGUCGACCUAAUCUUUGAGCAGGAGAAGUUUGUGCCUAAGUAGAGUUCCAGCUAAGGUGCUUUAUGUUUAUUCGAGGCCCCGUCAGAGGAGGCGUGGAGCAUUAAACUGGGAAUUUGACCAUUUAAUGCGUAAACCCAUAGGAACCUAACACUGUGGACAUUGUUAUAUCUCAUGACAGGGCACAAACGUUCAACACUGAGACAAAUGUUAGAGAAAAUCAACCUGUUAAUGUCAACUGCCCUUUUGCAUUGUUUUUGUGAAAGUGUUUUAAUUCCUGAUUUUCAUUAACGAAAGGUUAAGAACUGCC